AAUGAUCUUUGUUUGAAAAUCUUUCAAAAUGUGAAGUUAUUUCUGCCACUUCUUCACCUUUUCUAUAUUUUCUUUCCAAAACACUUUCCAUUAUUGGGCUUGGAUUCUGUGAAAGACUUGCUGCUUUUGUGACUUCCUUCAAGACUUAAAAAUCAUCAAGCCCUUAAUCUUUGUGGCCAAAAAUGACUGAUACUGACUGAUUUAGAUCAAGACAUCAUGGUUUGUGAUUUAAGUUCUGUUAUAACUAACCUAAAAACCUAAGAUUAUUGCCUCCAUUGGUCACCAAACCCAAGUAGAUUUUUAAAUGAAGAGUUUCCAGAAGAAUCUCAUGUUUGUGGGUUUUUAUGUUGUAGAUGAUGGGAAGAUCUUUCAUGGAAGUGGCGUUGGUGAUGCUUUUGGUCCUCGCUGUUUCAAAGGAGACAUCAUGGGCUGCGGCAUCAUGUUCCCACGAGACUACAUCCUGGAUGGAGAAGGUGACGCAGACGACUGUGAACGGCUGGAGUUCCGCCCAACUCCUGCGGCUGUCCAGAACGUUUUAUACCUCAAUGAUGAGGAAGAUGAUGAAGAGGACGGGGAUGAUCAGGAGCAGGACCAGGACGGCCGAAAGGUGACGGUAAGUCUCGUUUGUGUGUACAUCCAGAGCUCAUUCUGAGGUUGUAUGGAAAGCUAAUUGGGUCAAAAAUCAUUUAAACUGUAAAGCCUCAGCCACAUGCACCUGUAUGGGGGAUUGACUCAUUUGAGGAGCACAGGUGUGUCUUGCAGUUUCCUUGAGGCU